AGAGUUUCUACAUAGGUGCAGUUUUGCAAUUCAGAUCAGUGCUGUGCUAACGAACUGAGAUGGCUACAACAACGUCAACGCCGUACAACCCCAUCAGUACGGUGGCUACCUGCACGACGUCAACAUCGGACACCAUGCAGAGCCACAUAUCUCAAACCAUGUAUCAGCGAGACUCACCGAAAAUCGCCACUGAUUUUAUGGCGGCACCAUCCAGCAUAGGUAACAGUCACCCACUUAGUCAUCCAGCCGGACCUCAAUGGGUAGGUCUCACUGCACAUUCUGAACCCAGUCCAUGGCCGCUCCAUGCGUCUAUGUUGAGUCAAGAUGUGAAAGGGACGGUAAUACAGGGUAGAGAUGAUAUGCAGACGCAGAUACCUCACCGAACAACACAUCACCAUCAUAACCAAGCUCCACAUCCCGGUGCAUGGAAUACGCCUGUUACGACGACUCAUAUGUCGAUGGGCACUACCGGCUCUGUGCUCAGUCACCACCCCCACGUUGGGUAUGCAAUGAACGGCAUGAUGAGCCCAGUAACACAACUAGGAGCCCACCUGAGGGAUAACCCCCACAAUGGGGAACACCAUGAACAUCACGAUUUAUCGGACGACGACACACCAUCGUCAGACGAUCUCGAGCAGUUUGCCAAACAGUUUAAACAGCGACGCAUCAAGCUGGGUUUUACGCAAGCAGACGUCGGACUCGCCCUAGGUACCUUGUACGGCAACGUAUUCAGCCAAACUACUAUUUGUCGCUUUGAAGCGCUACAACUUAGCUUCAAGAACAUGUGCAAGUUAAAACCUCUCCUACAAAAGUGGCUUGAGGAAGCAGAUUCAACGACAGGGUCGCCGACGAGUAUCGACAAAAUUGCUGCACAGGGCCGUAAACGUAAAAAACGCACGAGUAUUGAAGUGACUGUGAAAGGGGCAUUAGAAAAUCAUUUCAUCAAACAGCCCAAACCGGCGGCUCCAGAGAUAACUCAGUUAGCGGAGAGCCUACAACUAGAAAAAGAAGUCGUUCGAGUGUGGUUUUGCAACCGACGGCAGAAAGAAAAACGUAUGACCCCACCGGUGUCAAUGGGAAGUCCCGGCCAUCUCGAGCAACUAGGAAGUAUGCCAAAACACGACUCGCCCGAGAUGAGAGAAAUCCACAUAGCACAUUCGUCACCCAGCCUGCCACAAUCUACGAUGUCGCUAGCGCAUUCGUCACCGAGCCUGCCACAGUCAACAAUGUCAAUGUCAAUGUCGCUUGCUAACUCGUCCCCACCGCCAGGGAUUGUUAUCGGCGUGUCGCAGGCAGCCCAAUGACUGUGAAAACACUGAACAUUGACUGUGAGUAUCUACACACAAACAAACCUCAGCCAGUUCUUAGUGUAUAGCCAUUCUAUCCAUAGCUUUGAGCUAGUAGUCUUUAUUGACUGAAUUCCAUUCUCUCUCGGUGUGUGUAUGUAUAUUGAGUUUUUACUUUGGGACAAUACCGACAGACUCAAUAUGCGGGGAACAGCACUGCUAUUCACACACAGAAAAAAAAAACACGUUAGACCAUGCAGUAUUAGGUACCAUUAUCAUAGACACUAUCCUUUUUAAACCGCUGCAUGCAGCUCAACAUUUCGAACACUGGCAUUUAUUACAACCCACCAAAGCUGCUUGCAGCGAAAUACCAGUUGCAAGACAAGCGAACGACGUUUAUCUUCGCGACAAGGGAGAGAGAGAGAGAGAGGGGGGAGAGGAAGAGAGGAGUGAGAAAGACAAAAGUUUGGAAUUUCAUGUAUGUUUCAAUUUUGUAUACCAAGCCAAUAGUGUAAGUUUCUUUUUGUGUACAUGUCUGUCAAUUUUAUCGUAUGUCUCGCUAUCAAAUGCACAUUUUUCGUCAUUCGCUGGUCAAAUUGAUCAAAUUAAGAGAUACUUUUAUUUUCCUGAGGAGGAAACACACACGAUGGCAUUGCCAAAGUUGUCAUAUGUAUAUUAACUAGACAUUAUGCAGGUCACUUUUUUUCAACAAUUCUUCCAUGUCAAGACCAGGGUAAAUUAUGUUAUACAUCAAAUUAUUCACAGAAAAACAAACGGGUUGUUUCAAACGAUUUGUGUUAGGGUUAAGGGGAGGGGGAAACAAGGGCGGGGAUAUUUGGGUACUUUUUUCGUCUACAUCUACCCCACCAUCAUUUGCAUACGUUUAGCUCUGUUUAGCAUUGCGUUCCCGACUCCUCUUUUUUCGGUUAAUGUAUAUAUACGCACCUUGAUCACUUACACCCCAAUACCCACUCCUUGAUUUGCAAUAUAUUUUUUUUUUGCCUUCUUGUACAGUUGCUUGAUCAACGAGCCAUGGUUUCGGUUUCUCGUCGAAAAUAUAGUGUUGAAUAUAUUUUCUAUUUUUAUUUUCUCGAUUUUAUUUACUAGACAAUCGUAUCCUCGUUGUAACAGUAUAUUGUCAGUUUCCUUAGAGCUUUAUUUAUCAUCAUGUCUUGUAUAUGCCUACAAAAUUGGACGUUAUUGCACUUUCAGAAAAAAAGAACUAUAUUUUAUAUUAACUGCAAAGAAAACAUUUUCAGAAAGAAGACAGUUUUACCGCCAAGAUUUUGUUGUAAUUUCAAAAAGUCUUGUCAGAUUGUUCUUAGCAAUUAGCCACACUAUCAAUUUAUCAUUGUACCACAAAAGAAAUCGUAACGAAAAUAAAUACGUUUUUUUGGAAGAGAAA